CUCACUGUCAACGACCUGAUUGGCCUAAACUAUUAGUCGCUCCGAUUGUUUACAACUUUAACGUCGACUUUUUGAAGGAAUUAGCUGAUUUCAGGAAAGUAUUGCUACAUUGCAACAAGCCAAAAAUAAGACAAAUCAUAGUAGAAAAUGUUUUCGUUGCUACAUAGACAGGAGCAAGCCCAUGAAGAGUGCAUUUGGUCGUGCACAUGGGGCCGCACAACCACGACAAAUAAUAAGGACAGCGAAGAAGCCGACCCCGAUGCGAGCCGCGAUUCAAUGCAUUCACAGAACACACCAGAGACCAGGGACUUCAUAGUGACCGGUGGAUUGGACGAUUUAGUAAAAAUUUGGGAUGUUAAGGAGGACAAUACGCUGAGUUUGAAGCACCAGCUCACGGGGCACUCGUUGGGCGUUGUAUCGGUUGCAGUGAGUUCAGACGGAAGCAAAAUCGCCAGCAGUUCGCUCGAUUCUGGGCUCUGUUUUUGGAAUGCGAAUACGGGGCAGUUGGAAAACCAAAUCGCGUUGGGUCCUGUGGAUCUCUGGACAGUGGCGUUCUCACCUUGUGACAAAUAUGUAAUCUCCGGCUCCCACGACGGGAAGAUUUCUAUGUACAGUGUGGAAACCGGCAAAGCGGAGCAGGUGCUCGACCCUCAAAAUGGAAAGUUUACAUUGAGUAUAGCCUACAGUCCCGAUGGAAAAUAUAUCGCUAGCGGCGCGAUAGAUGGAAUUAUUAACAUUUUUGAUGUCGCAGCCGGAAAAGUGGCGCAAACCCUGGAGGGCCAUGCUAUGUCUGUGCGAAGUUUAUGUUUCUCGCCGGACUCGCAAAUGCUGCUCACAGCCUCGGACGAUGGACACAUGAAGCUGUAUGAUGUUGCUCACUCUGAUGUUGCUGGGACGCUAUCAGGACACGCCUCCUGGGUACUCUGCGUAUCUUUUUCUCCCGAUGGCAAGCAUUUUACAUCGUCUUCCAGUGACAAAACUGUGAAAAUCUGGGACUUUGCAGAACGAAAGUGCAUGUACACGUUUGCCGAACAUAAAGACCAAGUGUGGGGCGUGAAGUACAGUUUCGACAAUGAUAAAGUUGUCUCCGUUUCAGAAGACAAGUGCCUGAAUAUGUACUUCUGCCCACCUAAUAUUGUCGUGUAGCGCAGUCGCUAGUGUAGAAUAGGAAACAAAUUUAGACUCGGCAAUUUGUGACUCCUCGAAUUUUGCGGAAACAAAACUAAUAUAAAAUGCUGAUAAAGUGUCAAAGGGGUGUCCUUCACAAAGGAAACAACGUUGUUUUAUGCUUA